UGGGAUGGCAUUUGAACAUGGAGCGAACUCGUGAGACCCAAUCUUGAAGUCGCUGUCGGUUUUCAGGUGUGUCGAGCCGAGGCUGGAUUCCAUCCACUGCGAUGAUGAUGGGUGUGUUGGGUUCGAGACCAAUGAGCAUGGAUAAUGAGUCCAGUGUGUCCUCCAAUACCGCAGUGGAGGGCAUGGUGGGGAUCAGGUUAGAAGUAACAAUGACAGUCGUGGUUGGUGGUUUGUUGGAGAAAGUAGCAUUGCGAGCAAAAGCACAUUCAUCAUGGAAAGAGCUAUUGCUGCUAUCAGUGCCAUCACUUUCAACAUUGCUGUGUGUUUCCUCUAUUGCUUGUAGCCCACGGCUCUCUUGAGGUGCCCUGUGCGUGUUUGCAAAGACGGACAGAAACCUUUCAUCCAGCAGCAACUGAGUCAUGACCAAGAUGAGCAUUGCCAUCAAAGCAACUGGCUGAGAUCCUUGCAUCUUUGCCUUAUUGUUCUGUUGCUACAAGUAUAAAGUUUGUAACGGGUUACUAUGUGGUUUGAGCUUGCUCGUUGUUGGUUUCAGGGGAGAGCAACGCAGCAACGCAAAAGCAUUCAACCAACCUGCAAAGAUGAUGAGACCUGGCCAACAUGGUACCAGACGGAGGAAGAAGACUUAGAAGGCUUUUGACGUUAUACCUUGCAUACGAGUCACGUAUGGGCUCUGUGUCUUCAUUAAAUCUUUCGAAAGAUCCAAAAGAUGCUGACCGACGGUCACAGCCCAGCCGACCGAUGGAAUCAUUGAGCAGAGCUCCUUCUCUUGUCUCUUGCCCUUCGACUAUGAGUUGAAGGACGAAGCAUCCACACGGUACCAGUAGCACUCACCUGCAUAGUCAUGACCAUCCCCUUGACGGGCUACGCAGAUCGGCUCUCUGUACGGCCUGGUGAAACCAUCUCGUUUCAUGUCUCCCAUAAUGAAUCAACAAAAGCCAAGAAAAACAACAAGGUCCAAACCAGCGUGGUACGAGUGAUUAGCGCCGAUCCUCACACCAACCCAGGACCUGGCAUUCAAACGGUCCCCAUUCGUGAUGCGGAAAUUGACUGCGUCAACGAACCGGGCCCUUGCGCGACACAACGAGGAUCUCAUGCCGAACUUCCAUUGCCACUGCAUGCGUUGGAAAAAGAUAUGACCUUUGCCGUUGCCAUCAUGCCGACUCUUCUUCCAACUGGACAGCAACAACAAACCAUUGCAUUCGUCGAAAACGUCUUGGAGGUCUACAUCAACCCAAAAGGGCAUUUGUGUGCUCAGUUUGGAACAAGCAGCAGCAAUACUACUACAACACUCUGCUGUUCCCAAAGAGUCCUUCCCAAGAAUCACUGGAUUCAAAUCUAUUGUAGCGUUGCUCUACUAAGGGAAGACGAAUCAAAGAGGGAGGCACUGGUGGGUUGGAAUUGGUUGACCAGGGAUGGCAGUGGUUCUUCUGCUGGUGUUUCCAAGGGGAGAAAAGGGGAAUCUGUCAAGGAAGAAAUCUCAUUGGAACAGAGUACAACUAGCGAGGAGACGACACUCUACCUGGCAGCCAAAAAGAGCUCCACACCAACACAACCUCCCGUGUGCAUCCAUCACUUUACAGGACGCAUGGAACACCCUUGGUUAUGGUGGACCACUCCUGGAUUUCCAGAGUUACAUAUUGGAACACAUGCCGUCAUGCAGGCGAAGGCGCACCCUCCCGAUGCCCAAUGGCAUUUUGGACGCGGCAUUUCCACACAAACCGUGCAAGACUUUGGCCCACACAAGCUACACGGCACAGUCGUCAAUUGUCCUACGCGAGGCGUACGAGGAUCCAAUUGGAGUGGACGAGAAAUGUGCUGGCGGCAUGCACCCGAUGACUACGCGGCCAUUCACUUUCAUGCCGAAACGGAUCUGGCCGAUUGUAAUUGGCCCGUGUGUUAUCAAUGGAAGAUCCCAUCCGACAUUCCGUCGGGGAAUUAUGCCUUGUUGUUGCACACGGAUG